AUGGAGGCAGCCAUGGUAACAGGGGCCACAAACYCUGGCGAGUACGAUGUCGCCAAACCUUCGAUCGAGGGCGCCGCAAAAUCUGCCGCUGCGGCCUUGACGCCUCCCACCAGCGAAGAGAUGAAUCACGACGCGAAAGGAGAGCAGGAAGACUCGGAAUUGAGCGACUUGGAUUUGGACGACGAUGAUGACCUGGGAGAUGUCAAACCGGACCAUUACUGGGACGAGGCGAAUGGCGGCAGAAUCCCCGUCUUCAAGCCUACCAUGCAGCAAUUCAAGUCGUUCAAGAAAUAUGUCGAAGCGAUUGACUCGUACGGCAUGAAAUCAGGAAUUGUAAAAGUCAUUCCGCCAAAAGAAUGGCGCGACAAUUUGCCUGCAUUGGACCAAGCGAUCAAGUCUAUCCGAAUCAAGAAUCCAAUCACGCAAGAAUUCAACGGCACUUUUGGAACAUACACUCAGCAGAAUGUUGAGAAGCAGCGAUCUUACAAUCUUCCCGAAUGGAAAGCUCUGACAGAGGAGUCGCAAUACCAGCCUCCAGCCCGUCGUGGUGAGAGGAGACGGAACCAGGAGAAGGUUGUUCGCGGGAGUGGCGCUGCACGUACUCGUGGAUCAGUCGCUCCAGAUGCCGACGACAGCGCUCAGAAGCCGAAGAGAAAACCUGGACGCCCUCGUCGAAACCCUCUUCCAACAGAGGAGCCAGCAUCAGACGAUGAGCCGAAAAGGAAGGGUUCUGUCAAACCACCUCCGACUCCGAGCUCGCCGGCUCAGAGACCUGCGAAGAAGGCAAAGGGUCGUCAGCCCAAGGGUGGACAGAACAAGUCGGUCUCUUCCCGCAGACUCAAUAACACCUCUGAGGCAGUUGAUGUCAUCGACGAGAAGGCAUUCAAAAACUUCGACUACCGCAUGGAUGGUCUCGAGGAGUACACUCCUGAGCGCUGCGCUGAGUUGGAGACACACUACUGGAAGAGUCUGGGAUUCAACCAACCCAUGUACGCCGCCGACAUGCCCGGAUCGCUUUUCGACGACGAUACCAACAGCUGGAACGUGGCCAAGCUGGAAAACUUGUUAGAUGUGCUUGGUACCAAAGUGCCUGGAGUCAACACUGCAUAUCUGUACAUGGGAAUGUGGAAGGCUACCUUUGCGUGGCAUCUGGAAGAUGUUGAUCUCUACAGCAUCAACUACAUCCAUUUUGGCGCUCCCAAGCAGUGGUACAGCAUUUCCCAGGAAGACGCUCGCAAAUUCGAGAAAGCGAUGAAGACCAACUGGCCGGUAGACGCCAAGAACUGCGAUCAGUUUCUCCGACACAAGACGUAUCUCAUCUCGCCAGAUGUGCUCCAAAAGCAGUACGGCGUGAAGGUCAACAAGCUUGUCCAUUACGAGGGCGAAUUCGUCAUUACGUACCCAUAUGGCUACCACUMCGGGUACAACAUUGGAUACAAUUGCGCAGAAUCUGUCAAUUUUGCCACCGAGUCUUGGUUGGAGUUUGGUCGCAUUGCCCGCAAGUGCAACUGCGAAGCCGACAAUGUUUGGGUCGAUGUCUCCGAGAUCGAGCGAAAGCUACGCGGAGAGCCCACUCCAGAGUACUACGAAGAGACGGACGACGAAGACGACCUCGACGACGACGAUGUUGGCAACCUGCCCUCACCUCCGGCUAGUGUCAAGGGCAAAGCACCGACCAAGAAACGCAAGCGUGAAGUGAAGCAAGAGGCCCCGAAAAAGAAGAAGAAGAUUCGCAUUCGGAUCAGAGCUCCCACUCGUGAGCCUUGUGCGGUAUGCCCGAACGAUAACCCAUGGGAACCUCUUCUGUCGUCCGACAAUGGCAAAAAGGUCCAUCUGUCUUGCGCUCUCUACACGCCAGAGACAUUCAUCGUCAACGAAAACGACACGCAGAAGGUUUGUGGUGUGGCCAAUAUCGACAAGGCCAGGCUGGAACUCAAGUGCAACUUUUGCCGGUCCAAACGAGGAGCUUGCUUCCAGUGCUCUUCCAAGAAAUGCACUCGUGCUUUCCAUGCUACUUGCGCGGUUGCUGCCGGUGUGCUCGUAGACGCUGGCCUUGUUCCAACAUUUGGCGAGGAUGGCACCGRGUACUAUGAAGAGGGCUAUGAUUUCCGAUGUCGCUACCACCGACCGAAGAUGCCAAAAGUUGUCAACCUCGAAACGAUGGAAAACAGCAAGCGUAUCAACAACUUUGCCAAGGAAUUGAAGCCAAACGACACCGUGCAAGCCCAGUACGUUGGCGCGGAAGUCUUUGGUGGACUGGUGGUCGAGAAUCGGCCGAGCGAGAUGACCUUGAUUGUUGAUGUCCUGCCUGAAGGCGAACGAAUAGAGGUCGAGUACAAAUACGUCUGCGUGCUGGACCCCGACGAUUCUCUCCGGCCCAAGCCUUCACCUACCGCCAAGCCGAUGCCCGUGGACAUGAACAAGAGCAAAUUCUCCCUUGCCAAUCGUCAAGACGGAGUGCCAACUCAAGACGAGCUCUUCAACAGCGACGCUGCGUUCAAGUGGCACGACUUCUACAACUUGCACAUGCCACCGCCAGGCUACAAGGAUGUGCUGUUUCAGAGCGCUGAAAAGCUCAAGGUCGACUUCACCGCCCCAGACCAGCUUUACUAUUAUCUUCCCAAGGUGUCGACGGACGCCAAAGUCUUCUUUACAGAUAAGCCGGGGAGCAAGGAAAUUGUUGCAAGGGCUAACUUCUUGGAGCGAGUCUCAGCGAAGCCAUCAUACCAACAAGCCCAGAGCAAACAGGCUUUGGGACCCGCACAGCCCGGCGCGGCAAAUCUCAUGCGGAUCAAACCCGCGGUCAGCGCUGCUGCUCUCAAUGCAGCCGCUGGCGCUCGCUAUGGCGACAAACCCUUCCUCGCCGAUGCCAAUCGGCGGCCGUCAAUGUAUGGCCAGCCUCAGCCGGCACUGCAAAAGCUCCAGCAGCAGCAGCAGCAGCAGCUACCAGGCAUGCAUUAUAGCUAUCCGCAAAACGAUACACUUCCGGCGGCAUAUACGGGCGACUACUCGUCGUACAGGCGACAGUCACACGGAGCUCAGACCAUGCAACGUCCCGUCUUCGAGAGCACAGGCUACACCCCGAACUACCAGUCAGUCUCGCAGCAGAGAACAGCGCUGAAGCAGCCAGCGUCGACUGCGUCGAUGAUGUCUGGCACCAUGCCCGGCAAUGGUGCUUCCAUGCCACCUAAUCCAUAUGCUUCAGGAGCAAGCAUUCGACCAGUCCCACAUACACACGGCCACCAUUCUUCAAUGGGUACCCAGAUGGCGCCCACGGCGGCGAAAGUCGACAACCCGCAAGGUGACAUCGCAUAUGUGCAGAACCUGCACAAAUACCCAUACCUCAUGGCCAGCUUUUGUCGGCGUCAGAAGCAGUAUGAAUCCCCAUACCCUAUUGGGGGUGGUUUCUCUGCCAACUAUCAGCCACUCGAGCUGCAGCGCCAGGACGAGGUCAAGCAGAAUGUUCGCCGCACGCCCAGCAACUCAUUCUCGCAGGGCUCUGCGAGGCCCAUUAGUCAGCAAUGGACGCCACCCUCUAAACUGUAUGGUCCCACUCGAGAAGCAUCUCCAUCGUUGGGCCAGUCACAGGCAGAUCAGUAUCGGCCAGUCUCGCAACAGCAAGGCCAAUCAGCUGCGCAGCGUUAUGUGCAGGUUUCGCAUCAGACCCCACAAGAAUUUCAGCGACAGAUCUCAGGAGGACAGAUGGCAGGACUGCCUAGCACUGCGAGUCGAGAAGGUGCCACUGCACGCCUGCUUAGGGAUCAACAAGGAUACACGGGCUACAAUCCCUCGGCCACCACUUAUCAGCGAAACAGCUUUGGGCAGACGUACGACACGGCGAAGAUGUGGCACAGCCCGCGCGCGCCAACGCCCAGCCCGCUGUCGGACCCCAACACACCCGGUUAUCCGCCGGUUCGUGGACAGACACCUACGCACAGCACGGCGCACCUGUCAUGGGGCCAAUUGCCUAGGACCGAUGUUACUGCACACAUGAAUCCACACGCUCAACAGCAGCAUCAACAGCAGCAACCGUCCGGGGCUGGAUACUUGGGACCCAUGCUGCCGCAGAUGGGUGGGGAUUGGAAGUAUAAUUAA